AUAGCCAGCAGCAUAUUCUUGUCCGCAACCCUCACCAUGCCGGCCACUGCCCCCUCACCCCCCGUCCUGCACUCCUUCGCUACCUCUCACGAGCUCUGCGACGCCCUCGCACACUUUAUCAUCAAAGCUCAGAAAGAAGCCGUCGAAAAGAAGGGCCGGUUUACCGUCGCCGUAUCCGGCGGGUCGCUCCCCACCCAGCUGAAUGCCCUCAUCGGGAAGCCCGGUGUCAAAUGGGACAAAUGGCAGGUCUUCUAUGCCGAUGAACGCGUCGUUCCGCUCGACCACCCCGACUCAAAUCACAAACUCUGCUUGGACGAGCUCUUCUCCAAAGUGCCCAUCCCCGCCGACCACAUCCAUCCCAUCGACCCGUCCCUCGGGGACGACCUCGAGGAGCUCUCCGACGCCUACGAGAAGGAGCUCAUCCGAGAAUUCGCACAGAAGGACUCGGCGCGCUUCCCCAUCUUCGAUCUCAUCCUUCUCGGCGUCGGCCCGGACGGUCACACAGCGUCUCUCUUUCCCGGCCACGCCCUUCUCACCGAGGACGACCGCUGGGUCGCGUACAUCGAUGACAGCCCCAAGCCCCCGCCCAAGCGCGUUACCUUCACCUACCCCGUCAUCAAUCAUGCAGCACGCAUUGCCUUCAUCGCCACCAGCGCCGGCAAAGCGGACAUGCUCAAGACUGUCCUUGACAAGCCAGAGGAGGGCCUUCCGGCUUCGAGGGUACGGCCCGUGUACCCCGGGCAGCUGUACUGGUUUGUCGACGAUGCUGCUGCCAGCAAAGUCGAGUACCCCAGAACGCCCUUCAAACUUUGACUCCAGGCGGGUUCGGAGCGGCAUAGGCUAUAGGGCCUAUUGUAGCUGGACUUUCGUGUCUUGUAUGGGUGAAGUAUUUGCCUUGUGUUCUGUUAGAGGCCAGAAGAGAAACAGAAAUCGUCAAAUCAUUGUACAUCACUAAUCCGUACUUGUCCUCGUAUACCUUCUACUACAUCUUUGCGCCAUUUCAUGGCUCGUAUCGUAUCUUGUGAGAUUACGCCAGUCUGUAUUACUUACAAUCCAACAAGAUGCCGCAUUGUGCUUCAA